AUGUCCACAGGAAACCCAGAAAUGACCACAGCUCUCAAAAUCAUGAGCUCCAAGGAGCCCAGUACCAGCCCAGAGACCAGGUAUGCUGUGGGAAAUUCUUGGGAUACUGCAGAAUCAACCAUCUCUACGGAGACCACAGUAGAACCAGUCACCUUUCAGUCCACAGCCAUAGGGAGUGACAGCACCAUCUCCCCUCACCUGCACACAGGAGUCAUGUCACCAGCAAAGUCACCACCAGAAGGAACGGCAGCUACAGAAAAUGUCUCACUCUUCCCAUCCCCAUCUGAGGCUUGGACCAACCCCUACUCUGGGACUCCAGAAGGGACUGUGCAGCCAUUGGGUACAGUGUCCCCUGUCUUCCUAGAGUCGACAAUGUCUAGAGCCACCACCAAGAGCGGUCAGCAAAGUAGCCCAGAUCUGACCUCAAAGACAACUGGAAUGGAUUUCUCCACAUGGCUUGGUUCCACUGGAGGGACCAAAGGGGACACACAUGUCUCUCUGAGCACAUCUUCCACUAGCCUUGGAGACUCUCUGUCCAGCCCAGACUCUGUGACAACCCAGAAGGUAACUAUGAGCUCGGUGACAGAUAAACCUGAGCUUGGAACCAAGACAUGGGUCAGCACCACAGUCAUGCCUUCCUCUGUCCUGAGUAAAAAGACAAUGGCAGCUGAACUACAGACAAGCAGAGCUAUGGAAGAGGCGUAUUCAUCUGCUAGCACAUGGUCACAGCAGAUGGCUGGGAGCGACCUCACCUUUGGUGCCUCCCCUGAGGUCACGAACACAUUGCACAUCACCUCCACAGCGCAAAGCACCUCAUUAGUAUCUCUGCUAUCUGGAGGCCAAGCCAUCACCAGCCUCGCCGAUGCCUUAGGAGGAAAAAGGAGCCCUUCAUCAUCUGUCACAUUACCUUCAAUGGAGCCUAAGACUCUGGUGGCCACCACAAGUGUAGAGACCAGAGACACUGUCUCUUCUCCUGGAGAACUGUCACAGACCUCAUCUCCUGCAGGAGUAAGCACCAUGGGUGUAACCACAGCUCCCGCUCCAGGUAUCACCACCACCACCAUGGGUACCAACUCAGUCCUAACUACCACGCCCAUACCAGAGGGGAAUGAGAGCAUUAUGGACAGCACCCUGGCCAUGGAGACCAGCACUUCUUCCCCAGAGCAUCUUCCAACCUGGUCUUCCACAGCUGCACCUGCCCCAGCAUCAGGCUCCUGGACUAUCACAGACACAGCUUCAGCCUUAGAAGUCACAGGUCCUCCUGAAACAAUUUCUACAAUGGGGACAACUCCAUUCUUAGCAUCAAGCACUGAAUCAGGCUCUAUAUCUGCUCCCCAUGGCCUUGUGACUGUCAUUGGAACUAGUCUGGCCAUUCCAUCCUCCUAUGCUUCAUCUGUAGAGACAAAGGCCAGCACAAGUGUGAAAACGUUGAAUCCUUCAGACACAACUCCAUCUGUGUCCAUAUCAGCAUCUUCUGGUGUCCAGAGGAUGAGCACCUCAGUUCCCUACAUUUCAAGUACAAGUUGGACUCGGAGUACAACAGAAACAGAAUCCUUGCCUGUUUCAGUGGUUUCUACUGACCAUCCAAGCACAAAGACUGACCCAAAUAUCUCCCUGUCCAGUCCUCUGUCUGAUUCUCUGUCCCCUCUUGACUGGGCCACUGGGAGAUCUUUGUCACCAACCACAAUCACUACCUCAGCUCCUCAUAGGAGUACAUCCCCUCAAGGACUCACUUCGGAGACCAUGAUCAUCCCAGCUACCUCAGAGCUGCCCUCCUCUAUAAGAGACAUUACAAGUAAGGUCACAUCAGCUGCAGUGGUAAGUAGCUCUGGAGUCACUUUCUCAGGGAGGCCCGAUCUCACUAGCAAAGAGGCAGAGCAGAGUUCUAUCAAGCUUCCCACCAUGAUUUCUGCAGGUCCAGGGCAUAUACACAGACCAGCAACAACAACUGUGAGUACAAUCCCAUACACAGUCCAAACUCCAGAUCCAACUCUCCAGGGACAUGGGCUGAGGACUCCAACAGCAGAGACCACAUCUCCCUCUGAUUCCAUCUCCACAUCUGAUUCCUGGAGUAGGAAAGAAGAGUCAACAUCAAGCUCAUCUUUGAUAACUGAAAUGAUAAAUGUGUCUCCUGUCUCGGGAGGAACCAUCCAGGAGGUUCCCGACUCUUCUGGUGUAUUAAGUACCACAGAUGUGCUGGGUAUAAGCUUGACCUCUAGGACAACUGUACCCCCAAGUUGGAAAAACAGCCCAUAUGAGAGAACAACUGCUUCUGAGCCCACCCCAGACAAAGAAGCAAUUCACCCUUCUACAAACACAGGGACAACAGUGUGGGCCACAGGUUCUGAACAUGAUCCUCAUUCCACUGUCUCCGCCUACUCAGAGUCAUCCAGGGCCACAUCCCCAAUGGUUACUGCCUUCACCGUAGCAAAAGCCACUGAUUUUACAUCAGCAACUAACCGGCCAGAGUCCAAAAGGCCUGGAACGGAGCCUGACUCCCACCUGACUACUGAACUGAGGGAAUCCACCACUAACACGGACAAGAGCUCAACCACAGAAACGAGCAUGGUCUCUUCCUCAGGCUCCAUUUCUACUAACAAGGGGUACAGAACAGAAGUCACCUCCUCUGGCAGAAUAUCCAGCCCAUUCCUUGCUCAGUCCACAGAGACAGCAGACAGAUCCACAGCAACCAUCACCAUGCCAUCUACUUUCUCUGCCAUGACAGAAUCUGUAAAAAUGACUGUCAACACACGAAUGGGUCCUCCUAGGUCUACAUCACUAGGUGCACUUACCUGGGAUACAUCGGCAGUAUCUUCCUGGGCAGGAACCCCGCUGGCUGUGACUAAGGGAUUUUCACACUCAGAGAAGACCACUCCCUUUAGAAAAGGUCCUGAGGACAUAUCAUGGUUAAGCCCUCCGUCUGUGGAAGAAACCAUCUCUUCCUCUUUCCUGGCACCUACCCCUGCCACAAUCUCAUCUUCUCAUACUUUGUUGACAUCACAAGGGCACAGUCCAUCCUCGACUCUACCUGUGACAUCAAUUCUACGGCCUGAGACCUCUGGCCUGGUGAAGAACACAGACACAGUGAAGAGAAGCUUAGAAUCUGAAACCAGUUUGCCCCCAAGCUUGGGCAGUACAUUGGGUGAGACACCACCCAGUUAUGAAACUUCCACAGACACACAGGCAAUUUAUCCUUCCACAAACACAUUAUUAGCCAAUGGGAAGACAACCACUUCUACAAAGAAAUCACAUUUCUCUGUCCUAGCUAACUCAGAUCCAUUCAAAGCCUCAUCUCCAAUAGUUACUGACUCCACCAUACAGGCCACUACUAUUUCCAAAUCUAUGACAGGUUCCUCUGAGACUACAAGGAUUGAGAGGAAGCCAACAUAUCCCCUGACUCCUGGACAAAGGGAGACCAGCAACUCCCAGGAGACCAUCUCAUCCACUGAAAUAACUACUGUCCAUUCCAAAGUUCCCUCUGCUACUACUACUGGUGUCUCCAAGAAGGAAGUCAUAUCCACAAGCACAUCAUUUGUAUCUAGCCCUGUCGAGUCCACAGGGUUGCCUUACAUCUCUACAGAAAUGAUCACCAUGCUCUCUGCCUCUCCUGUCAUGACAGAACCUGCAGAAAUGACCAUCACCACCCAAACAGGUCCUCCUGUGACGACAUCACAGGUGUUGCCAGACAUCUUCACAGAAACCAUCACAGCACUUCCUGCCUCCCCUAUCAUGACAGAAUCUUCAGAAAUGACCAUCACCAUGAAAACAGGUCUUCCUGGAGCUACAACACAGGGUACCGUUACCCUGGACACAUCACCCACAGCCUCCCGGGCAGGAACCGAUGGCAUUGUGGAACGCAUCACAAAGAUACCCAAUGAAGCAGCACGUGGAGGUACCGCAGAACCAGUCAAGGACCCUCUCGCAUCCACAUCAUCUGCUAGCCCUGGAGCGGCCACCGGUCCUAGGGCAGAAGCCAGUUCAGAUGCUCCAACUACAACUAUCUCACCUAGUGUACCAGAUAUGGUGACCUCACAGGUCACUACUUCUGGGACAGACACUAGUACGGCUACUCCAACUAUGACACUCUCUCCUGGUGAACCAGAGACCCAGGCCUCAUUGGUCACCCAUCCUAGGAUACAGACUAGUUCAGCCAUUCCAACUUUGACUGUCUCCUCCAGUGUAUCAGGGAUGACGACCUCACUGGUCACUAGUUCUGAGGCAGAGACAAGUACAACUACUCCAAGUCUGACUGAUCAGCCACAUGAACCAGAGACAACACCCUCAUGGGUCACUCAUUCUUGGACAGAAGCCAGUUCAGCUGUUCCAACUCUGACUCUUUCUCCUCAUGAGCCAGAUACAACAGCCUCUUGGGUCACUCAUUCUUCAAAGACCAGGACACCUGUUUCCAGGCCAAUCCAAAAUUUUACCUACAGUGAAUCAGAUACCAUACCCUCUAUGGCCACCAGUCCUGGGGCAGAAGCCAGUCCAGCCAUUCCAACAACUGUUUCACCUAAGAUACCAGAUAUGGUGACAUCACAGGUCACUAGUUCUAGGAAAGACAUCAGUACAACUUUUCCAGCACUGAUUCAGUCCCCGCAUGGACCAGAGACAACAGCCUCCAUGUCCUCAACAGCUACCAGUCCUGGGGCAGAAGCCAGUUCAGCUGUUUUAACUACAAUUAUCUCACCCGGUAUACCAGGUAUGGUAACCUCACAAGUCACUACUUCUGGGACAGACACCAGUACUACUAAGCCAACUCUGACUAUUUCUCCUGGUGAAACAGAGACCGCAGCCUCUCUGGUCACCCAUCCUGGGACAAAAAUUAGUUCAGCUGUUCCAACUCCAACUGUUUCCCCUGAUGUAUCAAGGCUGAUAACCUCACUGGUCACUAGUUCUGAGGCAGAGACAAGUACAACUACUCCAACUCUGACUGAUCAGCCACAUGAACCAGAGACAACACCUUCAUGGGUCACUCAUUCUUGGACAGAAGCCAGUUCAGUUUUUCCAACUCUGGCUGUUUCUCCUAGUAAGCCAGAAACAACAGCCUCAUGGGUCACUCAACCUGCAGACACCAGCACAAUGGUUUCCAGGACACCCUCCAAUCUUUCCCACAGUGAAUCAAACACCCCAUCCUCAGUGGCCACCAGUCCUGGAUCAGAAGCCAGCUCAGCUGUUCCAACUAUAACUAUUUCACCUGGUGUACCAGAUAUGGUGACCUCACAGGUCACCAGUUCUGCUACAGAUACCAGUAUGGCCACUCCAACCAUGACUCUUUCUCCUGCUGAGGAAGACACCAUGGCCUCAUUGGUCACCCAUCCUGGAGCACAGGCCAGUUCAGCCACUGCAACUCCAACUGCAUCCCCUGUUGUGUCGGGAAUGGUGACCUCACUGGUCACUAGUUCGGAAGCAGAGACCAGUACAAUGCUACCAACUCUGACUGAUUACCCACACGAAUCAGAGACAACAGCUGCAUGGGUCACCCAUUCUGAACAGGCCAACAGUUCAGCCAUUCCAACAAUAACUAUCUCACCUGGUGUACCAGAUAUGGUCACCUUCCUGGUCACUAGUUCUGGGACCACAACUUUUCCAAUACACACUGAGUCCCCACAUGAACCAGAAACAACAGCCUCAUGGGUCACUCAUCCUGCAGAAAGCAGACCAACAGUUUUUAGUAUAAUCCCCAGUUUUUCCCACAGUGAAUCAGACACCACACCCUCAACAGCCACCAGUCCUGGGACAGAAGCCAGUUCAGCUGUUCCACCUACAAUGAUCUCACCUACUGGACCAGGGGUGGUGACUUCACAGAUCACUAGUUCUGGAACAGACAGUGGUAUAAGUUUCCCAGCACUGACUGAGUCCCCGCAUGAACCAGAGACAACAGUCUCAUGGGUCACCCAUCCUACAGACACCAGCGCAACAGUUCCCAGGACAACCUCAACUUUUUUCCAUAAUGAAUCUGACACCACACCCUCAACAGCCACCAGUUCUGGGGCAGAAGUCAGUUCAGUUGUUCCAACUAUAAUGACCUCACCUGGUGUACCAGGGGUGGUGACCUCACAGGUCACUAAUUCUGGGGAAGUGACCAGUACAACCGUUCCAACUCUGAGUCUUUCUCCUGGUAAACCAGAAGCCACCGCCUCAUUGAUUACCCAUCCAGAGGCACAGACCAGCUCUAAUGCUCUGCCUUUGACUAUUUCCUCUGGUGAGUCAGAUACAACAGCCUCAUGGGUCACCCAUUCUGGAGAGAUCAGUACACCUGUUUCCAGAACAAUCCCCAAUGUUUUUCACAGUAAACCAGAGACCACACCUCUAAUGGCCACUCGUCCUGGGACAGAAGCCAGUUCAGCUGUGCCAACAACCACCAUCUCACCUGGUGCACCAGAUAUGGUGACCUCACAGGCCACUAGUUCCGGGGAAGCGACCAGCACUACUAUCCCAACUCUUAGUCUCUCUCCCGGUGAACCAGAGUCCACGACCUUAUUGAUCACCCACCCCAGUGCAAAGACGAGCACACAAUUUCCUGCUUCAACUGUUUUUUCUCAUUUAUCAGAGACCACAGCUUCACUAUCCAUCACACCUGGGAUGGGGAUGAAUACAACUCUUCCAAGUCAGACUGUUUCCUUUGGUUCACCAGAGACGACAUCCUCUCCCUAUACCACACCUGCGACUGAGACCAGCAGAGUUGAUCUAGGACCAACUGUUUCACCUGGUGUUCCUGCAGAAACGACCUCACUCUCCAACCAUUCAGGGACACAGUCCAGCACGAUUACUCCAGCUUCGCCUGUUUCCCCUGGUUUAUCAGAGACCACAGAUUUAUUGACCACUACCUCUUCAGCAGAGACCAGCACAGGUAUCCCAACUCUGACGGUUUCCCUUGAUGUCCCUGGGCUUACCAGUGCCCACGUAACAACUGGUGAGCCUAAUGCUGUAACUUCCUGGAGCACAAAAACCUCACAGCCCGUGACUUCAGCUGGACCCCCAGAAUCUUCCAGGACUGUCACAGGCACCACUAUGACCUUGAUACCAUCAGGGACCCCAACACCACCUAAAACCAGUCAUGCAGAAGGAGCGAGUCCAACCACUAUCCUGAAAAGUACAACUGUUGAGACCACUAAUUUAACUGCCACAGACUCAAGUCCCACUGUGGCUGAGACCACAACCACGUUCAACACACUGGCCGGAAGCCCUGUUGCCCCUCUGAGCACACCUGGGAUGUCCACUUUGGCCUCUGAGAGUAUGACCUUAGGAACAAGUAAGGAUCACUUUUUUAUUAUGCCCAUGCUAAGCUCUAAGCUACUUCCUACCUUUAUGAAUUUGCCUGUUUUAGAUAUUUCACCUGAACUUCCCUUAUGGAUGCCUUUUACUGUCAAUUUCACCAUCACCAACCUGCACUAUGUGGAGGACAUGGGGCAGCCAGGUUCUGAGAUAUUCAAUGCCACUGAGAGGACCCUGCAGCACCUGCUCGAGCCCUUGUUCCAGAACAGCAGUGUUGGUUCCCUCUACACCAGCUGCAGGCUGACCCUGCUCAGGGCUGAAAAGAUUGGGACAAGCACCAGCAUAGAUGCAGUCUGCACCUACCACCCAGGUCCCACAGGCCACAAGCUGGACCGAGCACGGCUGUACUGGGAGCUAAGCCAGCAGACCCACGGUGUCACUCAGCUGGGCUCCUACACCCUGGACAGGGACAGUCUCUAUGUCAAUGGUUAUAACCAUCGAUUCUGGAUCCCCACCACUAACAUCUCUCCCCCACUCCCUUUAGCUGCAGGGGUGAGCCCAGUCCUGGUGUCAUUCACCCUGAACUUCACGAUCACCAACCUGCUCUAUACUCCAGACAUGGAGCGCCCAGGCUCCUUGAACUUCAACUCCACCGAGAAGGCCCUGAAUUACCUGCUCGAGCCCUUGUUCAAGAAAACCAGUGUCAGCUCUGGCUACUCUGGCUGCAGACUGACCUUGCUCAGGUAUGAGAAGGACAGGGCAGCCACCGGAGUUGAUGCCAUCUGCACCUACCAUGCUGACCCCCGGGGCCCUGGACCGGACAGAGAGCUGUUGUACCAGGAACUGAACCGACUGACUCAUGGUGUCACCUGGCUGGGCCACUAUAUCCUGGACAGAGACAGCCUCUAUGUCAACGGUUAUAACCAUCGAUACUGGACCCCUACCACCAGCACCACAAGCCAUACUAUGGUGCCUUUUACCCUCAACUUUACCAUCACGAACCUGCAGUACAUGCCAGACAUGAAGCAUCCAGGAUCUGCAAAGUUCAACAUAACCGAGCAGAUCCUGCAGUACAAUCUUGGUGCUUUGUUCAAGAACACCAGUAUUGUCCCAUUGUACUCUGGCUGCAGACUGACCUCGCUCAGGCCUGAGAGGGACGAAUCAGCCACCAAAGUGGAUGUCAUUUGCACCUUCCACUCUGAGCCCACAAGCACUGAGCUGGACAGAGAGCGGCUGUACUGGGAGCUGACCCGUGAGACCCACGGCAUCACCAGGCUGGGCUUCUUCACCCUGGAUGAGCACAGCCUUUAUGUCAAUGGUUACACCCAUCGGACCCCGACCUCCACUCCCAGCACCGCUGUCCCUUUCUUGGUGCAUUUCACCCUCAACUUCACCAUCACCAACCUGCAGUAUGAGGAGAACAUGCUGCGCCCGGGCUCGUGGAAGUUCAACUUCACAGAGAGAGUCCUGCAGGGUCUGCUCGGGCCCUUGAUCAAGAAGAGCAGUGUCGGCCCACUGUACUCUGGCAGCAGACUGACCUUGCUCAGGCCAGAGAAGGACGGGGCAGCCACUGGAGUGGAUGCUGUCUGCACCUACCGGCCUGACCCUGUGGGUCCCCAGCUGGACAGAGAGCGGCUGUACUGGGAGUUGAGCCAGCUGACCCAUGGUGCCACCCAGCUGGGCUCCUACACCCUGGACCCAGACAGUCUCUAUGUGAAUGGUUAUACCCACCAGAUCCUGGUCACCACCCCCAGGACCGCACCCCACCUCCAGCCUUGCAUGAACAGGGACCUACACCCUGAAAAAGCCCAGGCGUGGGAGCUCCCUUCCUGGUAUCUAGAAAGUGAUGGGGCCCCCACUCUAAGCACCGAUUUGUUUUUCCCCAGCUUCUAUGGUGGCCACAGCUUCUGCAGGGAUGCCGACCUCCUCCAGUCCCACAGGAUCUCCUCCCCCUCCCCCACUGCAGCUCCCAGCCCUGCCCUGGUACCAUUCACCCUCAACUUCACCAUCACCAGCAUGCCCUACAUGGAGGACAUGAAGCCUGGCUCUGUGAAGUUCAACUCCACGGAGUCAACUCUACAAGGCCUGCUAAAGCCACUGUUCAUCAAAAGCAGUAUCGGUUCACUGUACUCUGGAUGCAGACUGACUGCACUGAGGCCUGAAAAUGGUGGAGCAGCCACAGGAGUUGACAGCGUCUGCACCCACCGUCCUGGCCCUACAGUCCUUGGGCUGGACAGGGAGCGACUCUAUCGGGAGUUGAGCCAGCUGACCCACGGUGUCACCCAGCUCGGUUCCUACACCCUGGACAGAGACCGUCUCUAUGUCAAUGGUUACACCAGACCAAUCUUGACCGCCAUCCCCAGUGUCUCUGAAUCAGGCUGGGCAUCAGGUGCCAUCUCUGGCAUCUCCAAGGAUGGAAACGAACUAGUCAAGGGCAAUCUAGGACUAAUUUUCAAAGGGCAGAGACUAAAGGGAUUAGCAGAAAAAGUGCACAUAAAUGAUAACAACAACAAAGCCAUGACAGCAGCAUUGACUGAGUGCAGCCUUAACUUCACCAUCACCAACCUGCGCUACAGGGAGGACAUGCGUCACCCUGGCUCCUGGAAGUUCAACACCACGGAGAGGGUCCUGCAGGGUCUGCUCAGGCCCUUGUUCAAGAACACCAGUGUCAGCCUCCUCUACUCUGGCUGCAGACUAAUCUCGCUCAGGCCUGAGAAGGAUGGGGCAGCCACUGGAGUGGAUGCUGUCUGCACCUACCACCCUGACCCUGUGGGCCCCCAGCUGGACAGAGAGCAGCUGUACUGGGAGCUGAGCCAGCUGACCCAUGGUGCCACCCAGCUGGGCUCCUACACCCUGGACCCAGACAGUCUCUAUGUGAAUGGUUAUACCCAUCAGACUUCAGUAACUGCUCCCAGUGGAUCAUCCUUACUCCCAUUCACCCUCAACUUCACCAUCACUAACCUGCGCUACAGGGAGGAUAUGUGGCCUCCGGGCUCCUGGAAGUUCAACAUCACAGAGAAGCUCCUGCAGCGACUGCUUGAUCCCUUGUUCAAGAACACCAGUGUCGGCCCACUGUACUCCAGCUGCAGACUGACCUUGCUCAGGCCUGGGAAGGAUGGGACAGCCACCAGUGUGGAUGCUCUCUGCACCUACCACCCUGAACCCAUGAGCCCCGGGCUGGACAGAGAGAGGCUGUACUGGGAGCUGAGCCAGCUGACCCACAGGAUCAUCCAGCUGGGCCCCUACACCCUGGACCAGGGCAGUCUCUACAUCAGUGGUUACACCUACCCACCCUCAAGCACCACCCCCAACACUACUGGACCUACCUUGGUACCCUUCACCCUCAACUUCACCAUCACCAACAUGCACUACAUGGAGGACAUGGGGAGUCCAGGUUCCUCGAAGUUCAACUUCACCGAGAGGGUCCUACAGCGCCAGCUCGGGCCCUUGCUCACUAAGACCAGUGUCGGCCCCCUCUACACUGGCUGCAGGCUGGCCUCACUCAGGCUUGAGAAGGGUGGAGGAGCCACAGGAGUGGACGUCGUCUGCACCUUCCAUUCUGACCCCGCAGGCCCUGGACUGGACAGAGAGCGGCUGUACUGGGAGCUGAGCCAGCUGACCCACGGCAUCACCCGGCUGGGCUCCUACACCCUGGACAAGGACAGCCUCUGCGUCAAUGGUUACACCUAUGAAGCCACUGCCCCGACCACCACCACCGGGGAGCCCGGCGAGGAGCCCUUCACGCUGAACUUCACCAUCGACAACCUGCGCUUCUCGGCAGACAUGGGCCGCCCCGGCUCCCUCAAGUUCAACAUCACGGACAGGGUCAUGCAGCACCUGCUCAGCCCUUUGUUCCAGAGGAGCAGCCUGGGCCCCCGAUACGCGGGCUGCAGGGUCACCGCGCUGAGGUCUGUGAAGAACGGCGCCCAGACACGGGUGGACAUCCUCUGCACCUACCGGCAGCCCCCAAGUGGCCUGGGUCUACCUGCCAAGCAGGUGUUCCAUGAGCUGAGCUGGCAGACCCGCGGCAUCACCCAGCUGGGCCCCUACUCUCUGGACAAAGACAGCCUCUACCUCAAUGGUUACAAUGAACGAGGACCAGAUGAGCCUCCUACAACUCCUGAGCCGGCCACCACAUUCCUGCCUUCUUUGUCAGUACCUGUUCAUCCAGAAGCCACCACAGCCAUGGGGCACAUUCUGAAGACCUUCACACUCAACUUCACCAUCUCCAACCUCCAGUAUUCACCAGACAUGGGCAAUGGCUCAGACACGUUCAACUCCACUGAGAGGAUCCUGCAGCAGCUGCUUGGACCCUUGUUCCAGAAGAGCAGCCUGGGCACCUUCUACUUGGGUUGUAGACUGAUCUCCCUCAGGCCUGAGAAGGACGGGGCAGCCACUGGUGUGGAUGCAGUCUGCACCUACCACCCUGACCCCAUGGGCCCCGGGUUGGACAGAGAACGACUAUACUGGGAGCUGAGCCAGCUGACCCAUGGCAUCACCCAACUGGGUUUCUACGCCUUGGACAGAGACAGUCUCUUUGUCAACGGCUAUGCACCCCAGAAUUUAUCGACCCAGAGUGAGUACCAGCUAAAUUUCCGCAUCAUCAACUGGAACCUCAACAAGCCAGACCCCACAUCCUCGGAGUACACUGCCCUGCUGAGGGAUAUCCAGAACAAGGUCACCACACUCUAUACAGGCAGCCAGCUACGAGACAUAUUCCGCUCCUGCCUGGUCACCAAUGUGACAUUGGGCUCCGUGUUGGUCACUGUCAAGGCACUGUUCUCCUCCAAUCUGGAUCCUACCCUGGUGAAGCAAGUCUUUCUAGAUAUGACCCUGAAUGCCUCAUCCCACUGGCUGGGCGCCACCUAUCAGUUAACAGAUCUGCAUGUGACAGAAGUGGAGACAAUGUUUUACCAAGCGACAGAACAACCAACAAUCAGUCCCAGUUCCCAGCAGUUCCAGCUGAAUUUCACCAUCACUAACCUACUAUAUUCCCAGGACUUAGCCCAACCAGGCACUGCCAAACACCAGCGGAACAAGAGAAGUAUCGAGAACGCGCUCAAUCAGCUCUUCCGGAACAGCAGCAUCAAGAGUUAUUUUUCUGACUGUCAAGUUUUAACAUUCAGGUCUGUCCUCCACAGCAACCACACCAGGGUAGACUCCCUGUGUAACUUCUCACCAUUAACUCGGAGACUGGACAGAAUCGCCAUCUAUGAGGAAUUCCUGCGGAUGACCCAGAAUGGUACCCAGCUGCAGAACUUCACUCUGGACAGGAACAGUGUUCUUGUGGAUGGGUAUUCUCCCAACAGAAAUGAUGCCUUAAUUAGGAAUUCUGAACUUCCCUUCUGGGCCAUCAUUCUCAUCUGCUUGGCGGGACUCCUGGGACUCAUCACAUGCCUGAUCUGCUAUUUCCUGGUGACCAUGUGCCUGCGGAGGAAGGAGGGACACUAUGAGGUCCAGACACACCGCCUGGGCUAUUACCUGCCACACCUAGACCUGAGGAAGCUGCAGUGA